AAUCAUGGUGUGCGCUCAUGGGCCACCUUAUUACAACCCAGCUGCCAAAACCAGCCAGCAGGUUUGAUUGCUGCUAGAGGCAGAUGGAUUUUUACAUUGAAGUUUUUACAUUGUCAGUAAAUCAAAUGAGACGGCUAGAAAAGAAGCAACUAAGAAAACAGGAAAACUGUAAAUCCUGGGGAAAAAAGAUUAAACUUAUUUUAGAUUUAAAGAAACAGACAUAACCUUUGACCAACAAAGGAGUAAGGUGAGACAAAAACAAAAUAAAACCUUUCAAACUUUACGUUUACUGUACAGACAAAUCCAUGUGAAACAUUAGAAAUAAUCCUGAAGUGAUUGAGAAACUGAAUGAUACAAAAAAUAUUUCUAACAGCGUGAAGAGACAAUAAAUUAAUACUCUACACAUUAACUUUAAAAUUGAUUUAGCAUAAAAACACAAUUUUUAUUUCAUAUUUCUUUAGUUCCCUCAAGGGUUUACUUGGCAUUGGUUCAAACUGUCUCAAUAGACUUUUCUGCUUUAUAUUCAGGACCAGAUGCUGCUUUUCUAUCCAUUGUCACGAUCCGGUUCUAGUUCUGCUUUUAUUUUGUAAGGACUUAGUUUGUCAUCCAUGUCAUCAUGUUUUGGUUCCAGUUUCCAUUUCCUGUUUUAUUUUGGUAGUACCCCCGGUUUCUGUUUCUGUUCUAGCUUCACUUCCUGUUUACCGUAUGUCACAGCUGUCCCCGUUUCUACCGGUUAUUAUCCACACCUGCAAUUCAUUAGUAAUCAGUUCACUGUAGAUUUAAGCACCACCUCGCACCCCAGUACCUCGCCAGAUUGUUAUUACACGUUUGUGUGUCUACGCUCCAGCAUUCGGCCAAGUAAGAAUCAUGACACCUCAUAUUCACGGAACGUUGGCUCUCUUCAUCGUUUGUCUCAUUUCCUUCACACCGCCAUGCGAUGGAGGGAACAUUCUGGUUUUCCCAUUAGAAGGAAGCCACUGGAUCAAUAUGAAAGUCCUGCUAGAGGAGCUUCAUGCCAGAGGCCACAGCAUCACUGUGAUCAGGGCCUCCACCAGCUGGUACAUCCCAGAGAAAUCUCAUCUCUACACAUCUGUCACUCUUCACAUGGAACAAGGCUUGGAGGACGUGUUUGGGACAUUCGUCAAUGAGCAUUUAAGGGUGCUGCUGGGGGAGGCUUCAACGAUGGCCUUCUUGAAAAUCACCAAGGAUUUCAAUAUUUUAUUUUCACAGAUGCAUUCAUUGUGGUGUGACGCUCUUGUUCAGUUGUUUGAAGAUACAAAAACAAUGAAAAUACUGAGGGACUCCCAGUUUGACCUUGUUCUUACUGAUCCAGGUGUAUCUACAGGUGUCGUUCUAGCCAAGUAUCUUAAACUGCCAAUAGUGCUCUAUGUUCGGUGGAUCACCAGUGGAGAUGGCCAGUUUGCCAUCGCUCCCUCACCACUAUCCUAUAUCCCAGUUCCAGGAUCAGGCUUUACGGACAAAAUGAACUUCAUGCAAAGGGUCAAGAACUUUCUAUUUUACAGCAUUAUUUUAUUGCAGCAGAGGGUCAUGAUAGGGCCACACUAUACUGCAGUCUGCGAAAAAUACAUUGAGGGUGGAUGUGAAGUCAUCUCACUUCUUCAGGAAGCAGACAUUUGGUUGUUCAGGUCAGACUUUGUAUUUGACUUCCCUCGGCCCACGAUGCCAAACGUUGUCUACAUAGGAGGGUUCCAGUGCAAACCAGUCCAACCUCUGCCAGCAGAGCUGGAGGACUUUGUUCAGGUCGCUGGGGAGCACGGAGUGAUCGUCAUGAGUCUGGGAACCUUUGUUGAUGAUUUGCCAAAAGAGGUCACAGAUGCAAUCGCCAGCGUUUUUGCCAAGAUGCCUCAGAAGGUGAUAUGGAGGUACAAAGGGAAACGACCCUCUACUUUAGGCAACAACACUCUGCUGGUGGACUGGAUGCCACAGAAGGACCUUCUGGGCCACCCACUGACCAAGGUCUUUGUAGCUCAUGGAGGAACCAAUGGAGUCCAGGAGGCCAUUUACUACGGUGUGCCUGUUCUCGGCAUACCCUUGUUCUUUGACCAGUAUGACAACCUGCUGCGUUUGCAGGAGAGAGGAGCAGGAAAGAUCCUCCAGCUAAAUGAGAUUAGCCAGAGUUUUGAGCAGAGUCUGAUGGAAGUGCUUCAUCAGGACAGCUACAGACAGAACAUGCAAAGACUGUCUGAUUUGCACAGAGACCAGCCAGUAGCGCCCAUGGAUCAGGCCGUGUUCUGGGUGGAAUACGUGAUGCGCCACAGAGGAGCUGCACACCUGCGCACCGAGGCGUAUAAGAUGCCCUGGUACUCGUACUACUGUCUAGAUGUAGUACUACUGCUGCUGGCUGCAGUGACUCUACUGCUGCUGUCUAUGGUGGCCAUGUUCAGGUUUCUGUGCUACAGAUGUUUUAGAAAGUCUAAAGCUAAACAGCAUUGAGUUCAGCUUUCUUCAAAAUCAUGCUACUGUGGGUUUUUUAAACAACGAAAAAUUAAUACAAAUCAAUUUCAAGGUGUUUUAUACUGUACCACAUUAUGUUUCUUACUGUGAAAUAGGUGAGUCAAUGAAUCAAUAAAUCAACUAACAUGUU